UUCAUUUAAAACCUAUAACCUCAUCAAUAUAUAUUCAAAUGUCAAAUUUUGGACACAUGACAGUGUUUACUGUUGACCGUACAGUGUGUCACAACAAUGUAUUUGAUAUGUUAUAACCGAAAAAUGUAUGGCCGCCAUUUUUUAUUUUCACGCGCUGGCUCGUGACGUCAAGGCAGACGACUCAUACACCAAUCAGAUGCUUUGUUUAAGCGCUGUCAUAGCAACCACAAAGUUCGCUGUGAGUGAUGCUCAGUGAGUUCGAAACGAGUCGAAACCCGACGAGAGAGACGCAAAAGACGAGCUAAAUGAUAAGAAUUUGUGCCUGAAGGUGCUGUGUAUUAGCUAGCAAGCGAAUUGACAGCUGCAAGUGACGAAUGGACGCGAAUUCGUUAUCCUACUUCCUGGAGCUGGUAGCCGGGAGCGGGUGCAUUUUGAACUCGGAACAAAGGGCAGCUCUGCAAACUUCACUGAUUAUUUUGAGGAAGAACUACAAAUUCAACCGGGUGUUGUUUUGGGGCAAAAUACUCGGAUUAAAAGAGCAUUACUUUAUCGCUCAAGGGAGAAGGGAUGAUGAGCUGAAGGACACGCAGCAUUUCUACAGCUUCAACUGCAUCGACUGGUUCCUGAUCCCCUCCACCACGACUGAAAUGAUUGAGGACGUUUCCAAAACUGCCAAGGGCCGAUUCGAAGGUGACCCGUCUUUUGUGUACGAGCAAAAGCAAGGAGACAAAUUUGACACUUCAGCCGAGGAGUCAACGAAGAAAGUGACAGAGGAAACCAGGCUCGCUGUGACAGUUCACCUCAUCAACGAGGAAGCAUCAGUGGUACCGCGGGGCGCCUUCAUCAACACUACGCACGGGGUGGUCCAGAUUAAUCGCAGCUUUGGCGGUCUUUCUUACUUUCAAGCGGGGAAGUUGGAACACUUUCUACACUUUACUCAACCUAAGCACCUGAAGAAGAAGACCCUUCUGGAGAUGGCCGAUUUGAACCCCGCCUUGGACUUCCUGGAUCCACUGAGUGAGGACAUUCCAAAAGGAUCAUGGAGUCUUCAGUUUGAAGGUGCCAACAAAGUGUGUGUGAUUCGCAGCCUGCUGUGGUUGGGCCUGACCUUCUACCACGUGCCCAUGACACCGCUGCACGGAUGCGUCUACAUCGGAUACGGAACCAAGAACUUGGACCUACCCUUCAUGCUUUAAAAUGGAGUUUAUUGUGAGUGAGGAGUUUAUUGUUAGUGACAUUCAGUUUGCAGAAAAAAAUCUUAAUUAUAUGACUUUUCUCCCUUAUACAGUAUCACAAUUAGUUCACUCUAAGGGUUUUUUUUGGCAAUAAACAAUAUUGAUGUAGUCUGGGUUGGUGUCG